AUGGCAAUUAAUAGUGUUAAUGCUACUCGUUCUUCAAAUUUUGUUAUUGGUUCAGAGGCGCGAGUUUUUGCUGGUCAUAUUAAUGAUUUAAAUGAUUUUUAUUUAUAUACAUCAUGGUCGUACAAGAAAGUAUUUAAUCUUGCUCCACAAUUUACUGAAGCAUUUUCGAAAGAAUCAACAACAUCUGCACAAUUAAAUGAAACAUUUCAUGUAGGUGAUUAUUGUGCAUGUACAAUAAAUGAUAAAGAUUGGGAUCGUGGUGUAAUUCGUCAAUUAGAUUCAAAUGGUUUUGCAACAAUUUAUCGAAUAGAUUAUGGUGAUGUACAACGUAUUCGUGUACAAUUUCUUCUGCGAUUGCAGGAGUGGAUGUUUCAAACAUACCGUCUGGCUCAUCAUUGUACAUUAUCAAAUAUAAUUAAACCAAUAAAUGGUUGGCCAUCAAAUGUUAUUGAUGAAUUUCGUGCACAAUUAAAUAGAUCAAAUCUUUAUGCACGAUUUCUCAAUUAUAAUGAAAUAAGAGAAAUAUCAGAAGUUGAAAUAAGAGUAAAAGGAUCAACAAAAACAGUAAAUAAAGAUUUUGAACGAUAUCAAAUGGAACGAUCAGUAGUACAAAUAAAUGAUCAACAUGUUUAUCAAAAUAUUUCGAUGGAAAUAUUAGAUUGUACUCGACCAAAUGAAAUUUGUAUGCUUUAUUAUAUAAGUCCAACUCGUUUUUAUGUUUAUCUUAAAGAAAAAUUUGAUUCUCAUACAAGUUUUCAAAUCGAUUUACAAAAAUCUAUGCAAAAUCUUCAUACAUUAUCAUCACCGGUGAAAUAUCAAGUAAUUGCUGUACAAGAUAGUCGUGCUUUAUGGCAUCGUGCUGUUAUAUUAGAUGUGCGAGAUAAUUUAUCAAACAUCUGUGUUUAUGUUUUUGAUAUUGGUCACAUAGAAUGCAUUACAAUAAAUGAUAUUCGUCAAUUACCACAAGAAUUUCUAAGUAAACCAGCAUUUGCUAUUCCAUGUCGUUUAUAUAAUGUAUGUCCAAUUAAUGGUAAUGAACAAUCAAUAUGGAAAUUAGAUGAUAAAGUCCAUGAUAAAUUUAUUAGACUUAUGGUUAAUACUGUUAAUUGUAAAGUAUGUUCAAAACAAGAUAAAAUAUGUUAUGAUGUUGAAAUUGAUAUUCCUAAAGUAGGAGAUCUCGGUGCAUUUCUUAUUAAUAACAAUUUGGUUUCUCAUGCAACAAUGGGCUAUUCUCCACGUUCAAAUUUUAGUUCUGGUCAACCACCACAACAAUCACUUGUACGACCACAAUUUCUUUCAUAUGGAAUACCUCCUUCAAGAGAACGACAACAACAAUAUAGACCUACACAACAACUUGAAUUUUAUAAUAAUCAAAAUACUAUGGUACAACAAUUACAAACUCGCACAUUCAAUACGGGAUUCCAAAAUACUACUGCUCAACAAUCUUCGAGUACAUUAUCAUCUAUUGGUUCAUUAUUGACUAUUGGCACUUAUGAUGGAUAUUAUAUAAUAACAAAAAUUCGUAGUGUAGCUGAAUUUUAUGGUCUUUCUCAGAAUCGUCAACAUGAAUUUGAAGUUCUAUCUAAAGAACUUGAACAAUAUUAUAAUAAUUCUGUUAAUAAUCAAUCAUUAACUGUACCUGUUAUUUUGGAUGGUACACCAUGUGUUAUCGAACAACAUGAUAAAUAUUAUCGUGUUAUAAUAAAACAUCGUGAAAAUGGAUCAAAAGUAUUAGUUAAAUUAAUUGAUUGUGGUGAUGAAAUUGUUGUUGAUACAUCAGAAUUAUUACAAAUUGAUAAAAAUUUUUGUACAAUAUCAGCAUUUGUUCAAACAUUUUAUUUACAUGGUUAUGAUGAAUCGCAAAAUUCGGUAAAUAUAACACGUAAUUUGAAAAAGUUAUUACUUAAUCAGUGGGUUCAUAUUGCACAACAAGGAUUAAUAUUGAAUGGACGUUAUGGUGUUCAUGUUACAUUAUGUGAUAAUCGAUCGGUCAACAAAAUGCUUUUAUCCAAUUAG